CGGAUUAGUCAUCUAAAGGGAAUCCCUUGAAGCACUGCCCAGCGUUAGCAAGCCCAUCGUCGCGGUCGUCUUUCAUGAGCCGCAUCCAGCUAUGAUCAUCCUUGAAGAAGCUGACCAGCAGGCUAAACUUGAUUCUUCCGUCGCUGGCCCGACUUUGCGCUUCCCAGACAGGGCCGUGGGCCGCUCUUCAUCGCCUCUACCCGACUACGAAACGUCCCAAGCACAACACACCCUUACUACUACCCCCAAGUCCCUCCACAGCAAAGUCGAUGCUCGGUUUUGGCGAGCUACAUUAUAUGCCCUUGUCAUCUAUGUUGUUCUUUCUGUGGCGAUUGGCGUCCCCUGGAUAGUGACGCGUCUUUCCAAGAAACAUAGAGGAGGCCCUCCAGGCGGACCAUGGUCCAAUGAUGAUGGCUCUAUAUCUCCUCAAAACCUCGCCAAUAACGGUAUCUUGUCCUUAGAGACUCUGGGGUGUAAUUCAUGGGAUACAAUAGAGGACGACCCAUUACACUCAUUAUUUUCUGCCAGGUGUGUCUCUUUUCCUGGAUGGGAUCCAAUUUCUAACACAGCUUCACAGUACUUCUCAUACCCUAUCACCAUCCGGCUCAUUUUCGAUUCGCUCUAAUGUUUCCCACGAAGCUAAUGACGCCGCUGGUAUUGCUGGAAAUCUUACAGUGGAUAUCAACCCAGAUCCGUCAGCGAAAGAUGUUCUGCUCCUGGUUUCCUUACAAUCCUCAAGUCUUCAACUUCGUCAGAGCACCCAUAUAUGCUUUGCAGAUGUAGGAAGCGACAGAGGUGCUUCUCUUUA